GUUGAAGCAGAAGACGUAAUGUUGCUUGAAGCCUUGCAUAUUGAGAAAGAGAGAGAAAGAGCUUUUCCAACAUCACUACCCUCACCACCGUCACCACCUGUCGCGAGUGGGACGUGUAUUGAUGAGUCGCAAUAAUUCGUAGCAACGUCGACGCGCGAGUCAUGUUUCCUUCAAACUCAUCUGAUCUUAUCACUUAACAUCCUGUCUCAUCCUGGCACAUUUCGUUCUCUGCUCCCCCUUCAUUUCCUCAUCUUUCUCUUUUAAUCGCGUUUCGCGCGAUCUAACCUCCUAUCUCGAGUCGGCAGUACCGUUCGUUGAACGAGUUAACGUAUACCACAGUGCAAAUAUAGCAGAGCGCGGUGUCGAGAACACGAUUGGGUGAGAUUUCGGCUGGCACCCAAGUUGUCGGGCUUGAGCGGUCCCACGACAUCAGAAUGUCGCGAUCCCAUUAUGUAAUCACUGCGAUGCUACCGUGCCUGAUGCGGACCGUCCUGGCCAAUAACUGUUCCGCUUCGUCGUAUCGAUACGGCGCGGCACUCAGCUGUUCGAUCUUUAAACGUCACGACGUCUGUCCGUACAGCAGUAUGCCGGGACAGCGAGACCAGGUCAUGAGCAAGCGAGCGACUUUCGGUAUGGGCUGCUUCUGGGCGGGCGAUUCCCUCUUCGGAGCACUGCCCGGAGUCAUCAGGACCUGCGUAGGUUAUGCCGGCGGCACCAAGGAGUCUCCAACCUACAGAAACAUGGGUGAUCAUACAGAAGUCAUUGAUAUUGAGUACAAUCCAGAAUUAGUGUCCUACUCGUACCUGUUGGAUUUGUUUUGGAAUAACCACGAGUAUGGCCUAACAACGAAGAUUAAGAGACAGUACAUGUCACUAGUCUUGUAUCACGACGAAGAGCAAAGAUCAUUGGCUGCAAAAUCUCAGGAUUUGAAGCAACGAGAGGUCGGGAAAGUCUUCGUCACGGAGAUUAGGAAGUUUACAAAGUUUUACGCGGCGGAAGACUAUCACCAGAAGUACCGACUACAACAACAUCCGUGGUUGCUCGAGAGCACGAAUCUCACCAUACCAGAAACUUUACGCGCGUCUCCGUUGGCAGCCAAGCUGAACGGCUACAUAGCGGGUGCUGGUAGUCUCGAACAAUUCCGACAGGAGCUACCGCGCUUAGGACUGAACGAGAAAGCAGCGCAAUAUGUAACGAAACAUAUUAUUGAAAAUCAAGGCAGUGGCUUGUAUUGCUAGUUGGCGGAAAAACACGUCGGGAACUCGAGAAACUGGAAUCUGCUCCGUUAUCACUGGACUGCAUAAGUGUUCGAUUGUUACGUAAAGAAAAACAUUACAUUACAUACGACUUGAUAUAUAUCUCGUACGUAAAAGAACACAGUCCUCUCUACGUUGAAUUGAAAAAUUCAUAAGUGAAAUUCUAUAAUAAUAAGUAUUACUCAUAAUUCUCGCACGAUUUUGUUCAUUCACAAUAUACUGUCGUAUUAUUAGUCGAAUUUUAUAUCAUGAUUCUGUUUUAACACUACGUAAUGUACAAGUUAUCCUACGAUUCUUUCAUAACUUUCAUUUUAAAAAAUUUUACAAAAAUUCACAUGGAUAUUCCUUAGCAGAAAAUUUUACUAGUUUCUGAAAAAUUUGGAGAGAUAAGAUACUCAAAUAACAUACAAUAUUAAUUAUAAUAUUAAUUUGAAACUUGAUUGUGAUAUAUAGGAAUUAGCUACAUGGAGUUAACUACACAUUAUAUGUAAAUUAAUAAAUAUCAGUAUUAUAGUUUUGAA